CAGCAACACGUUAUCCGGCCUGGCCCGUCUCGAGAGAUGAAUUCCAAUCUGUCGCUGAACGCACAACAUCAUCAGAUUAUUCGGCCUGGACCGUCUCGGAAUGAGAAUUUACGCCCAAAAGUGAAUUCAAAUGCAGGCCAGGGAAUUAUGCCAUUUCAACAACAGUAUGCUCUUACUACUCCGUCUUCACGAGUUAAUUCCCGUCAACAGUCAUCCCAAAGUCUUCUUGAAAUGCCGAAUGCAGUAUUUCAAGACUACACUAAAAGAAGUUUAGAAUUUUUAAAAAUCCAAUUUCGAGAAAUGACUGCAAAAAUCGACGAUCUUUUGGACUCGAGACCGAAACCGUGUAUUUGUACAAUACAAAGAAUCGAAGAAAAUGAACAGCAAUUCCUUUUGCCUUUGGAUUCGUUCGAUGCUAUUGAGCAUCUUGAAAAUUCAAUGAAGGACCAACAAUCUCGACAACAAAUGAUCCUUUUGCUGCUCCGUAUCGGUGGAAUAAAUCUCCAGAAAACGGUUUAUGCAAUAAUGGAAAAGUUAUUCUCAUACGAAAUUGGAACUAAGUUCACUUGGACGGGAAAAUCCUCAAAAGGAAUCGAGAAAGCUAAAUUUUCUGAUCUGAAGAAUAUCUAUGCUGCAAUCUCUGGUGCCGUCCUCGGUAACAAAGACCUUGCUGGUGAUGAGAAAACUACAGUUAAAGUGCAGUAUCAAGUAACCGAGUGGCUUCGUCACUGUCAGCAGAAUUUGAAAAGUCAAAUGUAGUUGAUGAAUAAAUAAAACAUUUGAAAAAUG